AUGAAGAUGCUGACGUCCCUCAUGGCCUGUAUUAAAGACGAGGACACUGCGCUCUUCAGCAGGGAGUGCCGGAUUGCGCAUCCCAUUGUUAAAUGCACUUACUGCAGGACUGAAUUCCAGCAGGAAAGCAAAACCAACACGAUAUGCAAGAAAUGUGCUCAGAACGUGAAGCUCUACGGAACACCAAAACCCUGCCAGUACUGCAACAUUAUAGCAGCAUUUAUUGGAAACAAGUGCCAGCGUUGCACAAACUCUGAAAAGAAGUAUGGACCUCCACACUCCUGUGAGCAGUGCAAGCAGCAGUGUGCGUUUGACCGCAAGGAUGACAGAAAGAAGGUGGACGGAAAGCUGCUAUGCUGGUUAUGCACACUAUCCUACAAACGGGUCCUACAGAAGACCAAAGAGCAGUGCAAGCACCUGAGCAGCUCUUCCCGGGCAAGCCUGCAGGAGAAGGAACAGUACAGUCGGCUCAGCAGCGGCAGCCACUAUAACAGCCAGAAAACCUUAUCCACCUCUUCUAUUCAGAACGAAAUCCCAAAGAAGAAAGCCAAGUUUGAUGCCAUAUCUGCCAAUGGUGACAGCGUUCCUUCCUCUCCCGAGAUGCUUUGUCCCCCUAUCCAGAGUGCCCCGUCCACGUUGGCGCAGUGGGCUGCUUCCCAACAGAGUCUCGGUGCCCACCAUUGUCCUGUUUCUCAAGGCACUGACAUCCUGAAUUUUUCUCCGGACCUCGCCCUGGACUCCCCUGGCACUGACCACUUCGUUAUCAUUGCCCAGCUGAAGGAGGAAGUGGCUACUUUAAAAAAGAUGCUGCACCAGAAGGAUCAGAUGAUUUUGGAGAAGGAGAAGAAGAUCACAGAGCUGAAAGCUGACCUGCAGUACCAGGAGUCGCAGAUGAGGGCAAAAAUGAACCAAAUGGAGAAGACACACAAGGAGGUCAUGGAGCAGUUACAGGCCAAGAACAGAGAACUCCUGAAGCAAGCAGCUGCCCUAUCGAAGGGCAAAAAGCCUGAGAAGUCGGGAGCAAUAACCUCCCCUUAAAACCAAACCCCCAAUCUGGGAGCUUUCCCCAGCAUUAGCCAAGGAGUCUAGGAGGCCUGCCUGAUCGCUGGAAGCCAAAACCUCAGUGUUGUCACUAUCCCACUGCCAUGGACUCGAUGGAAAUGCCUGGUGUGUUUUGCUUUUCGACAGCAGGCUUGAGCAUGUCUGGUUUCGAUCUCUGUAUCCACAGGGAGAGGUCCCAGCCAUCCUAAAUCCCCCCUGAAGUACUGCUUCCUGGAAGAAGGUUUUUUUGGUUUUUUUUCCUAACCAGUUACUACCACUGCCAACCCUUUCUGUUAGCAAACAGGAACCUGCUGCAUUAAAAGACUUCUUACUGGUUCCCAACCUGCUGCUGUGAGGCAAUAGCCGUGGCCAGUUGUUACGCAGAUAAGACAGGAGCUGCGUGUGGUGGGAGCUUGAUUUUUCUCGAACUGUUCCCUCUUCAAAAGGAAGCCGAUAAAUCACCAGCCCAACAGAUGUUACUGGAAGGUUGUGCCACUGCUGAGAACGGUUGAUCCAGCUUUUUGAAGAUGCUUCCAAAAUGGGGGCUAUGUAUUUAUCUUGGACGUUUUUUGUUUUGUUUUGUUUCUUUUCUAUGUCAACUUGGCAAACGCAACUGCCUGGUUUUGUGUUUUCUUGUUUUGUUAUGAUAGCUUUUGGGUUGGGAGCCAGAGGGGAAUGAUACAGACCCAAACCUACCCUGUAUUCCCGCCGGUGCCCUGGUUACUUGGUGACCUCUGGGGCUUUGAUGACUUCUGCAGCUUGAUGUAAUCAAGCGUCUCUUACUCCGUUUCUUUCCACGAGGAGAGUUCAAGGCUUGGAUGUUCCCUCUGCCUCCCUCAGCCCCUGGAUUGAGCUCGCCCUCUUCUCCCCGCAGCAACCUUCCAGAUGCAGAAGCAGGGGCCAGGCUGGCUCCAGGAAAGCGCUUACUCAGGCAGCGCCCCAAGCCAGGGAGUGUUUCUUGGGGCUCUCCAGGGACAUUUCUCACUGCUGAUUAAAAGCCAGCAGAAUAAAAGGGCUAUGAAAGUUCCCUGUAACAGGGAUGUGCUUCUCAGAAACGGCACAGAGACCACAGACCCUUCCAGCCAGGCCAGCUGGGGUGGGCGCUCCCCAGGCUCUGUC